CCAUCCCAACAUAGUUCACCCCUUCCCUUGCCUCCUCCUCCUCCUCCUCCCCCAUCGCUGGGCUGCCUCCCCACCCGUUGGCGUUGCAAAACAGGGCCACGCCAUCUGCAUAGGUGUCGCGAUGUACUUCCCCAAAUCACUGGUCCAGCGCGCCAGCCCCUGGGCGCCCUCCAGCCAUCAAGCGCACACCAGCACAGUGCCCCCCGGUGCCCCGCACCAGGCCGCGCAGCCUGGACGCAGUGACACCGCGCCGGGCGGGGCGCAGCGGUGAGGACUCUAGGGGACACCCGCGCUCCGGCCCGGGAGCUCACGCCGGUUUCCGGUACCUGCAGGAGAUCGCCGGGUGCGGGUGUCUGCAUUCACCCCCGCCGCCUGGAUCACAUUAUUAUUUUUAUACCGGUUGCUAUUCGCUGCGGAGAGUGUGCCACUCUGCUGACUGGCAGAGCCAGGAGACAUAGAUGUCCACACCCACAGACCCAGCUGCAAUGCCCCAUCCUGGGCCUUCCCCGGGGCCUGGACCCUCUCCUGGACCAAUUCUGGGGCCUAGUCCUGGACCAGGACCAUCCCCAGGUUCUGUACACAGCAUGAUGGGUCCUAGUCCUGGACCUCCCAGUGUCUCACAUCCUAUGUCAACGAUGGGCUCUGCAGACUUCCCACAGGAAGGCAUGCACCAAUUGCAUAAGCCCAUGGAUGGGAUACAUGAGAAGGGGAUUGAAGAUGUCCACUGUGGAUCCAUGAAGGGCACCAGCAUGCGCCCACCACACCCAGGAAUGGGCCCUCCGCAGAGUCCCAUGGAUCAGCACAGCCAAGGUUAUAUGUCACCACACCCGUCUCCUCUGGGAGCCCCAGAACACGUCUCCAGCCCUAUAUCUGGAGGAGGCCCAACCCCACCCCAGAUGCCGCCAAGUCAGCCAGGGACACUCAUCCCAGGAGAUCUGCAGGCCAUGAACCAGCCUAACCGAGGUCCCUCGCCUUUCAGUCCUGUACAGCUGCAUCAGCUUCGAGCUCAGAUUUUAGCUUACAAAAUGUUGGCCAGGGGCCAGCCUCUCCCUGAAACUCUGCAGCUUGCAGUCCAGGGGAAAAGGACCUUACCUGGUAUGCAGCAGCAGCAACAACAGCAGCAGCAGCCGCCGCCGCAGCAGCCGCAGCAACAACAGCAGCCGCCGCAGCAACAGCAGCAGCCCCAGCAGGCUCAGCAGCAGGCACAGGCACAGUCCCAGCAGCAGCAACAGCAGCAGCAGCCAGCUCUUGUUAGCUACAACCGACCAUCUGGCCCCGGGCAGGAGCUGCUGCUGAGUGGCCAGAGCACCCCCCAGAAGCUGGCUGCACCGGCACCCAACGGCAGACCUUCACCCGCACCCCCAGCCGCCGUUCAGCCCACGGCCACAGCUGUGCCUGGGCCCUCCGUGCAGCAGCCCGCCCCAGGGCAGCCUUCUCCAGUCCUUCAGCUGCAACAGAAGCAGAGCCGCAUCAGCCCCAUCCAGAAACCUCAAGGCCUGGACCCUGUGGAGAUCCUGCAGGAACGAGAGUACAGACUUCAGGCUCGCAUAGCUCACAGGAUACAAGAACUGGAAAGUCUGCCUGGCUCCUUGCCACCAGAUUUACGCACCAAAGCAACCGUGGAACUGAAAGCACUUCGCUUACUCAACUUCCAACGUCAGCUGAGACAGGAGGUGGUGGCCUGCAUGCGAAGGGACACCACCCUGGAGACGGCCCUCAACUCCAAGGCGUACAAGCGGAGCAAGCGCCAGACCCUGCGUGAGGCACGCAUGACAGAGAAACUGGAGAAGCAGCAGAAGAUAGAGCAGGAGAGGAAACGCCGGCAGAAGCACCAGGAAUACCUGAACAGUAUUUUGCAACAUGCAAAAGAUUUUAAGGAAUAUCACCGGUCUGUGGCUGGGAAGAUCCAGAAGCUGUCCAAAGCAGUGGCGACUUGGCAUGCUAACACCGAAAGGGAGCAGAAGAGGGAGACGGAGCGGAUUGAGAAGGAGAGGAUGCGGAGGCUGAUGGCUGAAGAUGAAGAGGGCUACAGGAAGCUCAUUGACCAGAAGAAAGACAGACGCCUAGCCUACCUAUUGCAGCAGACCGAUGAGUAUGUCGCCAAUCUGACCAACCUGGUUUGGGAGCACAAGCAGGCCCAAGCAGCCAAAGAGAAGAAGAAGAGGAGGAGGAAGAAGAAGAAGGCAGAAGAGAAUGCAGAGGGAGGGGAGCCUGCCCUGGGACCGGAUGGAGAGCCAAUAGAUGAAAGCAGCCAGAUGAGUGACCUGCCUGUCAAAGUGACACACACAGAAACCGGCAAGGUCCUCUUUGGACCCGAAGCACCCAAAGCAAGUCAGCUGGAUGCCUGGCUGGAGAUGAAUCCUGGCUACGAAGUGGCACCCAGAUCUGACAGUGAAGAGAGCGAAUCUGACUAUGAGGAAGAGGAUGAAGAGGAAGAGUCCAAUAGGCAGGAAACAGAGGAGAAGAUACUGCUGGAUCCAAACAGCGAAGAAGUUUCCGAAAAAGAUGCCAAACAGAUCAUUGAGACUGCGAAACAGGACGUGGAUGACGAAUACAGCAUGCAGUACAGCGCCAGAGGCUCCCAGUCCUACUACACGGUGGCUCACGCUAUCUCCGAGAGGGUGGAGAAGCAGUCUGCCCUCCUCAUUAAUGGCACCCUAAAGCAUUACCAGCUCCAGGGCCUGGAAUGGAUGGUUUCCCUGUAUAAUAACAAUCUGAACGGAAUCUUAGCUGAUGAAAUGGGGCUAGGCAAGACGAUCCAGACCAUCGCACUCAUCACAUAUCUGAUGGAGCACAAAAGGCUCAAUGGUCCCUACCUCAUCAUCGUCCCCCUCUCGACUCUGUCUAACUGGACAUAUGAAUUCGACAAGUGGGCUCCUUCUGUGGUGAAAAUUUCUUACAAGGGCACCCCUGCCAUGCGACGCUCCCUUGUUCCCCAGCUACGGAGUGGCAAAUUCAAUGUCCUCCUGACUACUUAUGAGUACAUUAUAAAAGACAAGCACAUUCUUGCAAAGAUUCGGUGGAAAUACAUGAUCGUGGACGAAGGCCACCGAAUGAAGAAUCAUCACUGCAAGCUGACCCAGGUCCUAAACACACACUACGUGGCCCCCAGAAGGAUCCUUCUGACUGGGACCCCGCUGCAGAAUAAGCUUCCCGAACUCUGGGCCCUCCUCAACUUCCUCCUCCCUACAAUCUUCAAGAGUUGCAGUACCUUUGAGCAGUGGUUUAAUGCUCCAUUUGCCAUGACUGGCGAAAGGGUGGACCUGAACGAAGAGGAAACGAUUUUGAUCAUCAGGCGUCUACACAAGGUGUUGCGACCCUUUCUACUGAGGAGGCUGAAGAAAGAGGUUGAGUCUCAGCUUCCGGAAAAGGUUGAAUAUGUGAUCAAGUGUGACAUGUCAGCUCUGCAGAAGAUUCUGUACCGUCAUAUGCAAGCCAAGGGGAUCCUCCUCACGGAUGGGUCUGAGAAGGAUAAGAAGGGGAAAGGAGGUGCCAAGACACUGAUGAACACCAUCAUGCAGCUGAGGAAAAUAUGCAACCACCCGUAUAUGUUUCAGCACAUUGAGGAAUCCUUUGCUGAACACCUGGGCUAUUCGAAUGGGGUCAUCAAUGGGGCUGAGCUGUAUCGGGCCUCAGGAAAGUUUGAGCUACUUGAUCGUAUUCUGCCCAAAUUGAGAGCGACUAACCACCGCGUGCUGCUUUUCUGCCAGAUGACGUCACUCAUGACCAUCAUGGAGGAUUACUUUGCUUUUCGGAAUUUCCUUUACCUGCGCCUUGAUGGCACCACCAAGUCUGAAGAUCGCGCUGCUUUGCUGAAGAAAUUCAAUGAACCUGGGUCCCAGUAUUUCAUUUUCUUGCUGAGCACACGAGCUGGAGGCCUGGGCUUAAAUCUUCAGGCCGCAGACACCGUGGUAAUCUUUGACAGCGACUGGAAUCCUCAUCAGGAUCUGCAGGCCCAAGACCGAGCUCACCGCAUUGGCCAACAAAAUGAGGUCCGGGUGCUGAGGCUUUGCACCGUCAACAGUGUCGAGGAAAAGAUUCUCGCUGCUGCCAAGUACAAGCUGAAUGUGGAUCAGAAGGUUAUCCAGGCAGGCAUGUUUGACCAGAAGUCAUCCAGCCACGAGCGGAGGGCAUUCCUGCAGGCCAUUCUGGAGCAUGAAGAGGAGAAUGAGGAAGAAGAUGAGGUACCAGACGACGAGACCCUGAACCAGAUGAUCGCUCGCCGGGAAGAGGAGUUUGAUCUUUUUAUGCGCAUGGACAUGGACCGGCGGAGGGAGGAUGCCAGGAACCCGAAGCGCAAACCUCGCUUGAUGGAGGAAGAUGAGCUGCCCUCCUGGAUUAUCAAGGAUGAUGCUGAAGUGGAAAGGCUCACCUGUGAAGAAGAGGAAGAAAAGAUAUUUGGGAGGGGUUCUCGCCAGCGCCGGGAUGUGGACUACAGCGAUGCCCUCACAGAGAAGCAAUGGCUCCGGGCCAUCGAAGACGGCAAUUUGGAAGAAAUGGAAGAGGAGGUACGGCUUAAGAAGAGAAAAAGACGAAGAAAUGUGGAUAAAGACCCGGUGAAGGAAGAUGUGGAAAAAGCGAAGAAAAGAAGAGGCCGCCCCCCGGCUGAGAAGUUGUCACCAAAUCCUCCAAAACUAACGAAGCAGAUGAACGCCAUCAUUGAUACUGUGAUAAACUACAAAGACAGGUGUAACGUGGAGAAGGUGCCCUGUAAUUCUCAGUUGGAAAUAGAAGGAAACAGUUCAGGGCGACAGCUCAGUGAAGUCUUCAUUCAGUUACCUUCCAGGAAAGAGUUACCAGAAUACUAUGAAUUAAUUAGGAAGCCAGUGGAUUUCAAAAAGAUAAAGGAACGAAUCCGUAACCAUAAGUACCGGAGCCUGGGAGACCUGGAGAAAGAUGUCAUGCUCCUCUGUCACAAUGCACAGACAUUCAACUUGGAAGGAUCCCAGAUCUAUGAAGACUCCAUUGUCCUACAGUCAGUGUUUAAGAGUGCUCGGCAGAAGAUUGCCAAAGAAGAAGAGAGUGAGGAAGAAAGCAAUGAAGAAGAAGAGGAAGAUGAUGAAGAGGAGUCAGAGUCAGAGGCGAAAUCUGUGAAGGUGAAAAUCAAGCUGAAUAAAAAGGAAGAAAAAGGCCGGGACACAGGGAAGGGCAAGAAGCGGCCAAACCGAGGCAAAGCCAAACCUGUCGUGAGCGACUUUGACAGCGAUGAGGAACAGGAUGAGAACGAACAGUCAGAAGCGAGUGGAACUGACAACGAGUGAGCAUCCUGGACGUGAACUUCCGUGGCGUGGCGGCAGAACCGAAUGCUUUCUUCCCCCCUCCUUCCUCCCCAGUGAGUUCAUUUGCCAUUUGGCCACACUGGGUUAUUUCUCCGUCCUCAUUGUCAUCUAGAACUAGCUUUAGGGUAGUGCCAGACAAACAUAUGAUAUCAUGGUGUAAAAAAAGAAAUGCGCGCGUGCAUACACACACACACACACACACACACACACACACACACACACAGAUAUUUGUAACAUAUUGUGACCAAAUGGGCCUCAAAGAUUCAAAGAUUAAAAACAAAAAGCUUUUGAUGGAAAAGAUGUGGGUGGAUAGUAUAUUUCUACAGGUGGGUCGAGUUUGGUAGCAGUUUGAUGUGCUCGGUUCCGUCAUCUGUUCUGAUGAGAAGGUUUUUAUCUUCUGUAGUGCUGAUGGCCAGGAGGAACCAUUAAAAGCCACUGGUUAUUUUAUUUUUCAUCAGGCAAUUUUUAAGAUUUUCAUUUGUUUCAGUAUUGUUGGUUUUCUUUUUUUCUUUUUUUUUUUUACACUGUGGUACAUAUAAGCAACUUUACUAGUGACAAAUGUACAGUAGUUAGAUAUCACCUACAUAUACAUUUUUCCCUUUUAUGCUCUAUGAUCUGAAGAACAAAAAACAAAGCUUUUUGACUUGUAUAAGAUUUAUGUCUACUGUAAACAUUGCUGAAAUUUUUUUGUUCUUGUUUUAUUGACAAUGCUAUUGAAUAUUACAGUGUCUAGAGUACCCUGGAUGGCUUCUUUUGUCCACUUGAUCUCCCGUGUUACCAAUGUGUAUGGUCUCCUUCUCCCUAAAGUGUACUUAAUCUUUGCUUUCUUUGCACAAUGUCUUUGGUUGCAAGUCAUAAGCCUGAGGCAAAUAAAAUUCCAGUAAUUUCCAAGGAUGUGGUGUUGGUACUUUCCUAAUAAACCGAUAACUUA